AAGAGCCUAAACCCUCCCAAAUUUUGAUAGUGUUAACUUGGGAAAUUUAUGUCCAAGCUGAUAAUAACCUGUAGAACUUCCAUCAGAUAACUGGCAGAUUGAUUUGAAAGAGAACCAAAAAGAAGAAGAAGUUAAAAGUACCUUUCUUAUAUUUUAGUUGUCGAGGAUCAAUUUAUGUGAACACUGACUAAACUUUUUUCGUGUAAAACCUUUUCUUGGUACUUGUAAUAUUAAAAAUAUCCUCUGUAAUAAUUUGGUAAGUAACUUUUAAAUAUUUGAACUUUUCACAUGUUAAAACUCGGCUAAAUUAACUUCGGAGAACAAAAAAUCAUUUUGGUAAGAAGUCAGUACUAUUAGGAGAGUACUUGUUUUGCAUAUAAGCAUAUAACGUUUAACCAACAAGCUGACCUACCAUAACCGAAGAGUUAGACCAAAAACAAGAAAUUGGCCAUUUUAAAGACAUACAUGUUGUAAUUCAUGAAUGUCCCAUCUCUACCAUUGUCCAAAAAAUUGACGCACCUUAAACGAGUCAUUGAAACAACUACCACACCAGAACAAUGCAAGUCUCUCUUAGAAUACUGCGCCAAAACCAAAUCUUUAAGAACCACCAACGUAGUCCAUGCCCAUACCAUUACCCUUGGCCUCCUUCAAUCCCAUUUGCUUUCUCUCCUUACAGCAGCAUAUGCACUCUGUGGUCACACUUCUUACGCUAGCAAGGUGUUCGAUGAAUUGCCUCAACGAACUUUGCUGUCAUACAGGUCCAUGAUAAGAAUGUACACCCAAAAGGGGUUCCCUAAUUUUGCACUUAAACUCUUUGGGGAAAUGCUUCGAUCAGAUAAACACAAACCUGACAGGCAUACAUUUCCGUAUGUUAUUAGGGCGUGUAGUGAUUUGUUCUUACUUCAGCAAGGGGUUGCUAUUCAUGGAUUAACUGUUAUAAGUGGUUAUAUGUGGGAUACUUUUGUGGGAAAUUCACUAUUGUCCAUGUAUAUGAGUUGUGGAGAUAAAGAGAGUGCUAGGAGGGUCUUUGAUGCAAUGCAGGCGCGAACCGUUGUGACCUGGAACACUAUGAUCAGUGGGUAUUGCAGAAAUGAUAGUCCCAAAGAGGCCCUAAUGAUUUACAGGAGAAUGGAAGAUGAUGGCGUUGAAGCUGAUUGUGCCACUGUGCUUUCCGUGUUGCCUGCGUGUGGGUCGCUGAAGGACUUUAAGAUGGGUAGAGAGAUUCACUCGCUGAUCAAAGAAGUAGGUUUUUGGGACAAUUUGUCUAUUCGAAAUGCUGUCGUUGAUAUGUACAUUAAAUGUGGUAGAGUUGAUGAGGCAAGGUUGGUUUUUGAGAAGAUGAGUGAUAGAGAUGUGGUGACUUGGACUACAAUGAUCCACGGGCUCAUUUUAGAUGGCGACAUAAACAAUGCACUAUGGUUUUCUCAAAUGAUGCAGCUUGAAGGUGUAAAGCCGAAUGCAGUAACUCUGGCAUCCCUUCUUGCUGCAUGUGCUAGUUUGCCUCAUUUGAGGCUUGGUAAAUGCCUGCAUGGCUGGGCUAUCAGGCAGGACCUUCAAGCUGAUGUUAAUGUAGAAACUGGCCUUAUUGACAUGUAUGCUAAAUGCGAUUGUUUUAGACUUGGCUAUCAGGUGUUUGCAAAGACUAGCAAGAAGAGGACUGUCCCAUGGAAUGCCAUUUUGUCUGGGUGCCUUCAUAAUGAGCUUGCAAGAGAAGCGAUAGAGCUUUUCAAGUUCAUGUUGUCAGAGGCUGUCAAACCUAAUGAUGCAACCCUGAAAAGUGUACUUCCUGCAUUUGCCAUUGAAGCUGAUCUUAGGCAAGCGUUGAGCAUACACAGCUAUCUCGUAAGAUCCGGAUUUAUUACAAGAACUGAGGUAGCUACUGGUUUAGUUGAUAUAUACUCCAAAUGUGGAAACUUAGAUAAUGGUCACAAGAUCUUCAAUGGGAUACCCAAGAAAGAAAGGGACAUAAUUUUGUGGAGUACGUUAAUAGCUGGUUAUGGGAUGCAUGGGCAUGGCGAGAUUUCUUUGUCACUUUUUAAUGAGAUGGUGCAAUCUGGGGUCAAACCUAACGAAGUCACUUUCACCUCGGUUUUGCAUGCUUGCGGUCAUGCUGGUUUGGUGGAUGAGGGUCUUUGUUUGUUUAAUUUCAUGCUUAAAAAUCACUCUGAUAGUCUUAGAAGAGAUCAUUAUACCUGUAUGGUUGAUCUUCUUGGUCGGGCUGGCCGACUUGAGGAAGCAUGUGAACUUAUUAAAACUAUGACUUUUGAACCAAGUCAUGCCAUCUGGGGGGCACUACUUGGUGCCUGUGUGAUCCAUGGAAAUGUGGAACUUGGAGAAUUGGCUGCAAGGUGGCUAUUUAAGCUGGAGCCAGAGAACACAGGAAAUUAUAUACUGUUGGGAAAGAUCUAUUCUGCAGUUGGAAGAUGGAAAGAUGCAGAGAAUGUGAGACUUCUGAUGAAUGAAGUUGGACUAGUUAAGACGCCUGCUCAAAGUGUCAUUGGGUGACAAGUAGGUGAUUUCUUUUAGUUUCCAUGCAACUACAGUCAAACGAGAGCUGCAGAUGAGUGCAACACCUGGGAAAUAUGCCAUAAUAGGACGAAAGCUAGCCCUCUUAGUCCCCAGUGGUGCUUAUGACCUGUUCGAUUUUGCUAUUGUAAUUAUAUUUCUGCAGUGCUCCUCAUACCAGCUCGAUGUAUAAUUGGAAGGUGGAUUGGUUUUAUACAAUCGGUCAAUCACAACAGUUCAUAUGCUGAGAUUGAAGCUGGUUGAAAUUACCAUUUAACUUCAAGAAUUCACAUAGCUCGAGCCUCAAGUCACUAUGGGAAGAGAAGGCUGAAAAUCUUUUUUUUUUUUUUUAAAUUAUUACAUAGGGGUAGGGGAACGGGAAAUGGGGGAGGGGGGUUACAAGGUGGGGAAUCCAACCCUCACCAACAAGGUGAAAGUUAAGGUAGUCAACCAACUGAGCUACUAAGAUCCCACUGAAAAUCACUGAGUAACUUGAAGUCCGAGCUUUAAAUAUUUAUUUAUUUUUAAUGUAUGAUUGUUGCUUUCCUUUUCUAUAUGAAAAAAAAUGGAUUUAAGACUCC